ACUAGAUAUUUUCUUAUGAUACACAUAGCUAUCAAAUGCAUUCUUCAAGAAUCCAUAUGUAGGUAUGAAUGCAUCAAACCUUUUGUAUCACUGUCUAGGGGAUUCAGAGCUUUUUGGAAGGGAAACCUGGUCACUAUUGCUCACAGGCUUCCUUAUUCCUCAGUCAAUUUCUAUGCUUAUGAACGCUACAAGAGUCUAUUGAAAUCAAUUCCUGGUCUGGAUGGUGAAGGGCGAAAAGCAGGUGCGGAUAUUUUCGUGCACUUUGUUGGUGGCGGAUUGGCUGGAGUAACAGCAGCUGCUGCCACCUACCCGUUGGAUCUUGUCAGAACAAGAUUAGCUGCACAGAGGAAUGCCAUAUACUAUCAGGGCAUCUGCCAUUCUCUUCGUACCAUUUGCAGAGAUGAAGGCUUUUUUGGGUUGUACAAAGGGCUUGGUGCUACAUUACUGGGUGUUGGACCUAGUAUAGCAAUAAGCUUUUCUGUCUAUGAGGCUUUGAGAUCUUACUGGCAGACUCAGAGGCCCAAUGAUCCUACUAUUGCAGUUAGUCUUGCUUGUGGAAGUCUGUCAGGAAUCGCGUCUUCCACUGCAACUUUCCCUUUGGAUCUUGUGAGACGAAGAAAGCAGUUGGAAGGAGCAGGAGGACGUGCACAUGUGUACAACACUGGCAUAAUGGGGAUUUUUAAGCACAUAAUCCGAACUGAAGGCUUCCGUGGCUUGUACAGAGGGAUAAUGCCUGAGUACUACAAAGUAGUUCCCAGUGUGGGAAUUGUGUUCAUGACAUACGAGACACUGAAAAAGCUUCUAUCUCAAGGGCCUUUUGAUUCUUGACGAUUUCAGUUCUUCACUCUUCCAGUUUUUCUGAUUAAAAAAAGCUACAUGGUUCAGUUUUGUUUAAGCCGGUUAGGAAGAAAGUUUUAAGUAUUGAUAUGGCAAUUAGUAUUAAACAAGAGUUUGUUCACACCGCGGCAAAUUUUGUGGUUGCUGCUGUUUUAACUUGUUUUUUUUGCUGUAUAGCCAUUGAAAAUCAUUAGUGUCCCACAUCAAUUGUAUUUCUAGAUAUUAUUUAGGCUUGAUAUGUCUUAGGAUUUUACCUUCCUUUUACCAUCUUAGAUGAUUGUAUCACCCAUGCUGUUUUGUUUGUGGGAACCUUUUUCUUCUAAUUUUUCUUUGUCUUUUCCCAUUUUAUCCAUUGCUUCCUUUUGGCUAAGCUUAGGCUAAUCCCUUCAUGAUAUUGUUGUAAGGACCAGUGGAGUAUAUCACACUACUGCUUGGCAAUUGUAAUAAAAGAGGACUAUAAGUUGGUUCUUAUUGUUCA